GCUAGGGCCGGCACCGGGGCUCGGGCGCGUCCCCAGAGGCCCAGCGGCAGGAGGAGCGGACCGACGGUAAGGGCGGGCUCCGGGAGGACGUCCGCGGCUGAAGAGGAGAGCGAGCGAAGGGGAGAGCCCCCGAGGCAGCCGGUACUAUGGAGAUCGUGUAUGUGUAUAUCAAGAAACGUAGUGAGUUCGGGAAGCAAUGCAACUUUUCGGACCGCCAGGCGGAGCUGAACAUUGACAUCGCACCCAACCCAGAGCUGGCCGAGCAGUUUGUGGAGCGGAACCCUGUGGACACAGGCAUCCAGUGCUCCACCAGCAUGUCGGAACACGAGGCCAACACAGAGCGAUUCGAGAUGGAGACCCGGGGCGUUAACCACAUUGAGGGGGGCUGGCCCAAGGAUGUGAACCCCCUGGAGCUGGAGCAGACGAUCCGCUUCCGGAAGAAGGUGGAGAAGGAUGAGAGCUACAUCAAUGCCAUCACGCAGCUCGGCUCGAUCAUGGAGCACUGCAUCAAGCAGAAUAAUGCCAUUGACAUCUACCAGGAGUAUUUUGAUGACGAGGACCCAGUGGAAGUGACAGAAGAGGCCCCUUCAGCUAAAACCAUCAAUGUUUUCAGGGAUCCCCAGGAGAUCAAGCGGCCAGCCACACACCUCUCCUGGCACCCCGAUGGUAACAGGAAGUUGGCAGUUGCGUAUUCUUGCUUGGAUUUUCAACGGGCGCCGGAGGGCAUGAGCCAUGACUCGUACAUCUGGGACCUCGAAAACCCCAACAGGCCUGAAAUUGUCCUGAAGCCGUCUUCUCCUCUCGUCACCUUGGAGUACAACCCCAAAGAUUCCCACGUGCUUCUGGGAGGCUGCUACAACGGGCAGAUUGCCUGUUGGGACACCCGGAAGGGCAGCCUGGUGGCAGAGCUGUCCACCAUUGAGUUCAGCCACCGAGACCCCGUGUACGGCACCAUCUGGCUGCAGUCAAAGACAGGCACAGAAUGCUUCUCGGCAUCCACGGACGGGCAGGUCAUGUGGUGGGAUAUCCGGAAGAUGAGCGAGCCCACUGAGGUGGUGAUCAUGGACAUCACCAAAAAGGAGCAGCUGGAAAAUGCGUUGGGGGCCAUCUCCCUGGAGUUCGAGUCUACUUUGCCAACUAAGUUCAUGGUGGGUACCGAGCAGGGCAUCGUCAUCUCCUGCAACCGCAAGGCCAAGACGUCGGCUGAGAAGAUCGUGUGCACCUUUGCAGGCCACCAUGGUCCCAUCUAUGCCCUCCAGAGAAAUCCCUUCUACCCAAAGAACUUCUUGACCGUCGGUGACUGGACCGCCCGCAUCUGGUCAGAAGACAGCCGGGAGUCGUCCAUCAUGUGGACCAAGUACCACAUGGCUUACCUCACCGAUGGCGCCUGGAGCCCCGUAAGGCCGGCAGUUUUCUUUACCACCAAGAUGGACGGGACCCUGGACAUCUGGGACUUUGUGUUCAAGCACUGUGACCCCGCCCUCAGCCUGAAGGUGUGUGACGAGGCCCUCUUCUGCCUCCGGGUGCAGGACAACGGGGGUUUCAUCGCCUGUGGCUCCAAGCUGGGGACAGCCACACUGCUGGAAGUGUCGCAUGGGCUCUGCACGCUGCAGAGGAAUGAGAAGAACAUAGCAUCUUCUAUAUUUGAGCGCGAGACCCGGCGGGAGAAGAUCCUGGAGGCAAGGCACCGAGAGAUGAGGCUGAAGGAGAAAGGCAAAGCGGAGGGCAAGGACGACGACCUGAGGGAGGAGGAGACUGCCGUGAACCUGGAGGAGCUGGUCGCCAAAGCCGAGGAGGAGUUCUUCAACGUCAUCUUCGCGGAGCUGAAGAAGAGGGAGACGGAAGCCUUGAAGAAGUCCAAGCCUAAGCAACCGAGUCUGGAGAUAGACCAGGACCAGGACCAGGACCAGGACCAGGAAGUGGAGGGAGAGGACGAAGGGGAGGAAGAAGGAGACGAUGAGGAGACUCCGGCCUAGCAGGUCAGCCCCGCCUGCAGCCCCACUCGCCCGUGCGCCUAGGUUUCCCACCGCUUGGCGCUGCCCUGGUUUUAUAAGCGGGGGCAGAGAGGGGGAGCACAGGGGCCCUGACCCAGCCCCCAGGCCGCACAGAUCACUGGCCUAACAGACUCACUGAGACGAGUCCCCAGCGACCCCUUGGAGGGAGAGAAGGGACAGGGCUCUUCCCUGAGCUGGUGUCCCUCGUCUCAGCCACCCAGGCGCACCCUGGGCACACCCCAGCCAACUCAGUCCCACCCAGCCUUUCAGCCUGGCCCUGCAUGGGCCCUUGGGUUCAGCUUCUCAAGAGCUUUCCCAACAAUCAUUUUCUCUCACAAGCUUGCAAAGCCUCGACUAGGCUCGCCACAGCCACGGUGGGGCCCCCGGAAAGCCCUGUGGUUGGGGGGAGGGGUUCCUCCUCCUCCCUCACUGACCCUCCCACCCACUUAUAACUCGGCAUAAGAAAGUCUGUCCACUUGUGAAAUUUCUUGCCAAGUAACUCCUCCGGGCAUGUUACCUCCGGGGGUGAGUGUAGAUGGAUGAGCCGAGCUUGGUUAUUCUUGUGCGCUGCAAGCUUUCUAUUACCUUAAUCCUUGUAAAAUUAAAUUAAAGAUA